AUGGAGUUUCUGGAACAAGAGCAUGUAUGGGAGCAGGUGGUUGACAUUGUAGCGAAACAUUUGAACGAUGGAAAAAUAACGGAAAAUAAAAUUCAGACUGUGGACCACUUCGGGUUUCCAAACACUGCAAACACCUGCUACAUGAACUCCUGCCUGCAGAGCCUGCUCAACACUGACGAGUUCAUUAGAGACAUCAGCCAUCAGGAGACUUUGUGGAGAGCAGUCCCAGAAGCUCAGCUCUUAAGAAGGCUCAUUGACAUCAGGGACUGUCAUAAUUCAAGAGAUUAUGGCCUUAAAAAACAUCGCCUAAAAUCUUUUAAGGAGGCAUUCAGCAAACAUGCUCCUGAAUACAAAGGCAGUGCACAGAAAGAUGCUCAUGAAUUCCUAACCUUGUUCCUCAAUGAGAUCAAAAGCCUUUCACCUCACCUGAAGAGGAAAGCAGCUCUCCUGGGCCGAAGUUAUACCUGCCCAGUAGAAGACCAUCAUGUUUUCAAAAUGGAAAACAUGAGGACAUGCAAGAGCUGCGGUCACCAAUCAUCACACCAAGAGGAAUUCACCAACUUGUCUCUUGACCUGGUUCCAGAGGGGUCUGUUAAAAACAUGUUAGAGACAUACUUGAAGGAACAAAAAAUAGAAUUUCUCUGUGAUUGUGGAGGGAUGACCUCGGAAGUGAAGCCGUCUUUUCAUACACUGCCAAGAGUUCUCAUUUUGCACCUGAAGAGGUUUGGCUUUAUAAAAACCUGCAAGCUUCAGAAGGUGAAUGACCCCGUCAGGCUGCAGAGGGACUUGGUGGUGUCAUCCAAACAGGGUGAUGGUUGUUACAGUCUUAUAAGCAUCAUUAGUCACUAUGGAGGAACAGAAUCAGGACACUACAUCUGUAAUUCCGUGCAUCCUGAUGCGAGCCCGCAGGUUACAUCAGAUCCUUGGCUCACCUAUAAUGAUGCACAGGUGCUCCACGCAACCGGAUGUGCAGUUUUUGAGGAACAGCAGCACUCAGCCUACAUCCUGUUUUACAAGAGAAAC